AUGGAGAUUGUUCAGCAGGAGGAGGCGACGGCAGACCGUUACUUGACCCACUGGGCACUACUUCCCGCGCUCCCUUCAGAGUCUAAGCUACAGGCAGUGCCUUCUGCUCCAGGCUCUGGCUCCUUAAACUUUGUUUUUGUGGUUAAGGACUUUCAGGUGUUGUGGGGUGCUGAUCAAGUUUUUCUGAACAUCCCUGGCUCUACGUCUUCUGCCACAAACAUCAGCAUAGCAGAAUCUGUCAGCCCUUUGUCCAUUGAGAGAGUAGAAAUGAACAUCCUAGAAAUAAACCAGGAAUUGCGCUCACAGCUGAAAAUGAGCGAACAGCAGUUCCGAGACCUCAAAGAGAAAUUUCUUGUCUCUGAAGCUUCUGCCAGCUACAGAAAUACAGAUCCUCUCUGCAAUGACCACAGCAGCAUUUCCAACCUCCCACCAAGACAGGUGUGUCUUUUCUUAGAGUGUGAGGAGCACAAAGGCAUCACAGAAUCUGAGCUGGGGGAGAAGAUGCAGUUCAAGGAGGAGAAGCUGGCAGAGAAGUCGACACAAGCUGAGGAGCUCAGGCGAUACAAAGCCCUAGUUCACUCUCAGGCAUCAGAGCUGACCCAGUUAAGGAAGAAGAAGUUAUGGGAAGGGAGAGAUGCCUCCCUCUUACUCAAUCAGCAUCUGAAGGCCCUUCUCACUGAUGAUGACCCUGACGACCACCAGGGGCAGGACCUCCGAGAGCAGCUGGCUGAGGGGUGCAGGCUGGCAGAGUGCCUUGUCUGCAAGCUCAGCCCAGAAAAUGAUGAAGUUGGAAAUGAAGAUGCUAAAGAUGAGAAAGUUGAAAAAGUCAAAAUCAAAAUGAUAAUGAGGAAGAGGAAGGGAAACAGCCAAUGUCCCCCAGAACUUGAACAUGACCAAGAGUAGGUGAAGGACCAAGACCCAUCAGGCCCUAGGCCCAGAAGGCAGCCGCUGGAGAUGGAAGAGCUCGAUGUCUCAGAGGACUCACUGGAUGAAAGUUACUUGACUCCUUCAAUUGAAUAUGACCUAUGUGACUGCCACCAGGUUUACAUAAGUAGCACCUUGUGCUCAUUGGAGGAACAGCUCGCCUGCUUUGCUAUGGAUGCAGUCUUUCCCACCCAGGAUGUCUGUCCUCAAGGGCCUUGGAGUGGAGACUUGAGCCACCGCCUGUCAGAGGUGCGAUCUUCACAUGCACACCUGGAGCCAAGCACCCUGGUGCUCAGUUGUAUGCAAUUGCAGCUGGAUCAACGGUUUGAUUAUGGCUAUGGCAUAGUCAGGUGGUGCCUUUCCUCUAUCACCCGGACCUUCACAGCCAAAUCUGAUUCUGGGAACCAAUGGCCCUUCCAAGAGCUGGUUUUGGAGCCUUGCCUUAGAAUGAAGAACCCUCCCCAACUGGAGGAUGAUGAUCUCGAAGGUCCAGCUGACAACAUGCAUGGGUGUCAAGUCAUUGGCCACAUUCAUGCCUCAAGUGUUCUGAAACAGAUUAUCAAAAAAAAACUGCUGUUGAGCAAGUUCAGACUGGCAUGCAGAUUCCCUUGCCUUCAAGCUUAAGCAAAUUCGAUGCCAUGACUAACAUGCAGGAGCAGCUGCGCCCCUCAAGAAGAUGCUGUGUACAUGUGUGAAGAAGCUGAAGGAGGAGAUAAAGCAGGAAUUGGAAGAAUAGCCAGUGACAAUGUCACACAAAGCCAGCAGUCACUGCGACCAAAAUUUACCCUUCCCUGCUGAGAAAAAUAAAAACUGGAAGGAGAAAAACAGAUUUUUAAUAUUCAUCUCUGGAGGCUAUGAAGUUUACAAGACAUAAGAAAGUUUUUCAUAUGGGCAUUGGAACCAUCUCUUCCACCACCAGACAGUCUCACUCUGUUGUCCAGGUUGGAGUGCAAUGGUGCAAUCAUGGGUCACUGCAGCCUCUACCUCCUGGGCUCGAGCAAUCCUCCUGCCUCAGCCUCCCAAGUAUCUGGGACUACAGAUUGCUGAGCCCAAAAGCAGUGAGGAUAAUGCGACUGGUUACAUUGUGCCUGACUCCCUGCAGACCUGCCCUCAUGAGGCAGUUAGGUGGAAUCCCCCAUACUGCAGUGCGUGAGGCCCGCUCUGCCCAAGACCACCACAGACAAACCGAGGAAGGAAGAGGAUAAUUACAGAGGUUCUGUGAGGGAGCUGUCCUUGGCCAAGAGGGAUGCUCCUUGCCUGGAAUGCUGCACUCUCACUACUUCCUGGGGGCAGACAUAGCCAAUGACUGAGGGACGGAAAUGUACAAAGGCUAGUCCUGUGUCUGAAGGUAGGACCACUCGGUGGAAUCAGUCUGAAGCAGAUUCCAGCUGAGACCACACCCUUGCUUAGCUACU